GUCAACAUCUCUCAAGAAAAGUUUCGAAAAUGGCGUUCCGCAUUGUUAGUGACAGGUAAACAACAUGGAUGUCAGGAAAUUUUAGUUGUAUAGUAAGAACGGCAUAAGAGAAUCAUGUCGACGUCAGUUCAGAAAUCAGGGAUGGAGGGUGAUGCUUCUUUGUCUAAAAGGUUAAAAGAUGAAGGACUUGAGAGUACCUCAAGUGAUAAAGAGAAAAUGCAGAAAGUAUGGAAGUGGUACAAAAGAGCAGAAAAUGAUCUGAAGGCUGCAAAGAAAGAGAUUGAAAAUCUCAAGUCUCAGCAGGCACAUGAGAUGAAAGAGGUUGAGAACUAUGUGGAGCAUAUAAGGAGCUUAUCGGAGGAGCGAGAAGUAUUAACACAAGAAUUUGAAAAAGAGAAUGAACGCUUAAAAGAGGAAAAUGCAACCUUAAAGAAAGAGGCUGCAGGUGAUAAUAAGGAAAUAUCAAUGCUUUUACAACAGGAGGGACUUGAGGACAUAGCCAGCGGAACACAAAGUGAACAAAUUGCCUACCUUCUUGUUGAAAGAGCUAAACUCUUGGAUGAUCUGGACAUGGAAAAGAAGAAGAAGGCUCAGGUGGGCAGCUACUUGGACAACAAGAAGGUGGAGAGGCUAGAAAGAGAGAAACGAAGACUGGAUGAUGAACUGAAGAAAGAGAAAGAAAAUUCAAAGAAGGCCUUGGAUUCAGCUGCUAAGCUUCAUGAAGAGCAGGUUAAGAUAAUCCAAACACGACGCGAGAAACUGGAGCAGGAGAACCGAGACCUUAAGGCGAAAUUAAAAGAAUUAGAGACUCAGGUAGCAGAGUUGAACAAUGAACUAGACAAGACAACAUCAGAAAAAGAUGCACAUGCCAGCAAAGCUUUGCAGCACCAAAAACAAGAAACAUCGUUAUUGAGAAAAGCUAGCAUGGAAACAUCACAGUUAAAGGAGACACACAAACGAAUGGAACUAGAAAUGACAACAAUGAAGCACAGGCUGAAGACAAGCGAGGAAGAAAAAACGUCGCUAGAUUCUAAGAUACGCGAGCUUCAGACUGGAUUAGAUGAGGAGAAGAAAAAGAGGACCAGUCAUGAGGGUACCAUCAUCAAGCUCCGGGCCUUGAUUGACAAGAACAAAAAACAAGUUAAUAAGCUAGAGGAAACAACUAAGAAGAUGAGCGAUGAGAAGAAAGCACUUGAAUUGAAGUUUGAAUUUGCGGAGAAGGAGCUAGAACAGAUGAAGGGAAAAGAACAAAAUUUAACAAGUAAAAUGGAGAACCAAUCAAAAACAGAGCGAGAUCUCCAGAAGAAGCAGUCGACAGAGCUGCAGCGCCUUAAGGAAGACUACCAGAAGAUGUCCAUAGAGCACAAGAGUGCUUUGGAGAUGCUUGAGAGGGAGAAGCGACGUGCUAAAGAGCUAGAUCAUCGAGGCUCGUUGAGCGAACAGGAUUGGAGGCGUAGAUUGAGGGAGAGUGAAGAGCGUGAACGAGAACUAGCUAAAAAGGAGCUAUCCACCAGCCAGACCGAGAAUCGUCAACUACGUGAGCAGAUGUCUCGUGAGAAAGCUCUGAUGGAAGAGACAGAGACCCGAAAUAAACGCAUCAUUCAAGAAUUAGAGAACCUUGUAGAUGAACUGAAAAAAGAUCGCGAUGUUCUGGCCCGAGAAUUGCAGGCUAUGAUCAGCAAAGAUCAACAGUCAGAGAAGUGGAUCGAUGAAGCUAAGCAACUUCAUCUGGACAAGAAGGACCUACAGGAUCAGUUGGAUUCUAGCAACAGACGAAAUACUCAACUUUCAGAUGAUCUACAACUAGAGCAGACGAAACUUGCAGACUCUAGUGCUGAGAUUGCUUUCCUUAAGGAGAAACUGAAGCUUUCAGACGGAUCGGUGAAAAAAUUGAAAGAAGAGCUAAACCAGAAAACAUUAGAGGUAUCCAGGCACUACAACAUGACCAACCAGGGACAGAGGGAAGUUGAAGAGCUUGAAAGUAAAUUGUCCACGAUAGAUGUUGAAGUGGUUCGUGUUCAACGGGAAUUGAUUGAAGAACGUGAGAAGUUCGGUCGCGAGAACAACGAGCUGAAGUGGCAACUUGAAAGAGCUGAAAGAAAAACCAAAGAUGUACUUGAACAAAUUGCAGAAAAAAAUGAGGAACUAAGUCAGCUUCGCAAAGAAAACACACGUCUCUCUAGCAUUUCACAUAAUGGUGACAGCAGACUUGAAGAUGAGGUCAGGUUACGGAACGAUGUGGAAGGCCGUAAUAAAGUUCUCGAGGAAGAAAUGACUAAGCUGUGGAAUCAGAUGAAAGAUCUUCUUGAGAAGUUGUCAACCAGUGAGUCAGCAAGACAGGAUUUAGAAACAGAAGUAGAGCGACAAAAUAACAUCAUUCGACAACGAGAGUCUGAGUUUGAGCGCCACCAAGCGGAGGUCAAAGUGUCAUCAUCAGCACUGGGUAAAGUCCAGCACAGAGCGCAGUCAGCUGAAAGAAGGAUUCCAGAGUUACAGCAGGAGGUUGAUGAUAUGCUACUGAAGCUGCAGACAGCACAGCAACAACUAAAAGACUACGAAGCAACACGAUUAGAAUUACAGAACUGUAGAGAAGAAAUUUUGAGAUACAAAUCUCAAAUACAAGACGAACGAAUCCAAAGAUCUUUACAAAACCAGCACAUUGAGGAACUUAAGAACCAGUUAGAUUUCUUCCGCAAUAAGGAAGACCAACUUCACCAAGACAACUCGGAACUCAAGCACAAAUUCCUAGAGACAAAGAAUAAACUCCACACAAUUGAGGACCACAACAAAUCCAUUAGUGACAUGCAAAACAUGGCUGAAAAGGGCAAGCAGAUGCUAGAAGACCAACUAACAAGCCUCCAAAACCAGGUAGAGAAGUUGCAGAUUGAACUUCUACAGACAGCAGAGAAACUUCACCUUCAGAUCCAUAAGUACGAUGAUCAAAAGAGACACCACAAGAACAAGCUCCAGUCUGCUAGGCAGAUUUUCACAAGACAUAAAAUGAUUCUGGCCGAGAGUUUGAAUAAGCUGCAGGAGGAGCUGACCAGCGCGAAAAAAGACUUGCAGCAGGAACUACAAUGGAAGAACAACAUGGAGACCAAUCACAAACAGCUAUUGUCCGAGCAUCGGGAACUUUUAGCCAAGUUUAGUGAAAAUGAAGAGCUGUCCAGAGACCAGUCUCGUAACCUAGCAACGAUGGAAUACCGUUUGAAGUUUCUGGACCAUGAGAAUGGCGUUCUUCAAGAGCGAGUAGAUGCACUCAGCAAGCAGCGGAUUGCUCUUGAAAAACUUGUUAGGGAAUAUCGUUUAGAGAAACAAAAAGAAGAAAUCAACAAGGCUGUGUCACCAGGAAAUAUUCCAUUGAGUCUCCCAAUGUCAUCCUUUAGUUAUGGAGCACCAAAGGCAUCCGUUAGCAGCGGGCUAGGAAACUCCAUGAGCUAUACACCAUCCCUUGAUUACCAUCCCCAUGAAAGUCUUCUGUCUGUACGUUCACCAAGCUCUGGUUAUCCACACAUAAAUGGCUAUGUGAACAACGCCCGUAACCUGUCCAGCACCGGAAGAACAUUAGACAACGAAAGCACUGAGGUUGACUCCGAGACAUAAAACAAGAUGAUUAUUAUAUCACUAAGGUCCAAAAACAAGUGUAUUAUGGGUGAAAAGUAGUGUUUAAUUUUAUUGGAAAUAAACGCAGCAAACAGAAUAUUUGUGUCUAUUGUGAUGAGGUAUACUGUUGAUCACCAUCGAUUAUGUGUGAACUUCGAAAUUUGCCUCAUACCAUGUUUUUAUAUCAUAGGUUUGUAUACAAUUAUUUCUGUUGAAUUGAACUGGCUUAAUGUUGUUAACACGGUGAACAUUAUAUACAAGCCUAGUCAUUAUUUUUUACCACAUAUGGCUAGAGAGAGCCCUCAAUCAGUUGAGAUGGGGUUAGAUAAAUUCAGUCAUUUUAUAUAUCUGUUAAUAGUAGUUUGUGUUUGAGUAUAUGUAGCAAAAAAAUUAUUGAAGUGCUUGUAAAAAAGCUUAAACUGUUUUGUAUUGUUAUAUUUUGUUUGAUAUUUUGUAUGAUGUGAUAUAUAAUAUUAAGUGUAAUAUUUUCUGAGCCAUUUUUUAUCCGUCCAAAAUAAAAACCUUGAUAUAUUUGAAACAUAAAUAGUACCAAGUAAUCAUGAAAAUAUAAUUAUUACGUAAAACUUAAUAAAUUGCAUUUUUUUUUAAAUUCAUUUUAUUAUUUUUACCAUUAGUGUCGAAAUUUACUUUGGUAUUAUAUGCAAUUAUAUUUUAUCAUACAAAUGCAAUUUUAUAAUAAUGUUCAUACAUUAAACUUGGUUUUAUAUUCUAAUUUUUAAAAAUAAUUUUAUUACUGAUUAAAUUUGUUAUAUUAUUUAUCAUUGAUUAAUUUAUCUAUCAUUUUCUUCAUAUUUAUUAUUAUUAUUAAUUCCAAUGUUACCAGUGUAAAUAUUUACGAAUAUUAUCAUUUUUUAUUACGGAUGGAAUCUGCCAAACCUGAUAAAUUUUGUACAUGAAAUUAUGUGGAACAAUGGCAAGUGUUUGGCCUUACAAUUGUUUAGUUGUGGGUUUGAAUCCAGUGGUGGUCAUAUGUUCAUGGGGCAAGGCCUUGCCACUGUCCACCCAGGAUUAGAAAUAGGUACCUGGUAGGAUGUAAACAAAUUAAAAGUAACAACAAUAGUGAUAACAAUAAUACAAAAUUUAAUGUCACUGAUGUUCUAUGAAUAAAUUGUGAAUAGAAUAAUAAUGUUCUUAUAAUUACAUAACAUAUUUUGCUAAUAGGUAUUGUAGAUUUCUAAAAAGCAUGUUUUCAUCGAAUCAAACACUUAAGUAACAUUAUAACAUUGCGGCAAUAAUCAGGACAUAACAUGUGAGGCAAAAACAUAAUUUGAUUCAGCACAUUGUUGUUUCAACCUAUCCGGUACCCACUUGCACUAUUGGGGGAAAGAGGUGGGGUAGAGAGUGACAACCAUAAAUGUAAAGUGCCUUGCCCAAGGACGCAAAACGGGAUUCACAGUGAAGCAAGGGAUCGAACCUCCGACCUCGUGGUUGAGAGUUUGAAUGUUAUUUGAUGCGUCAACAGCUCCCACAUUUUGUAUGACCGUAGUAACAUAAUAAACGCAUAGUAGAUUCUUGCAAUAUUAUACAAGUCCCACUAACAUACCUUAUCACUCUUGAUUACUGUUAGUCUAUUGGGAAUCAGUCGUUAAUUUACAUAUGAAAUAGUGUUAGGCCUGUGUUGUUUAGUACCAGUAAGUAUAUUUGUAUUUAAAUUAGUCUCUGUACAGGGUAUAGUACUGUGUGUUUUUAUAUAUUUUUGUAAAAUAGCCUGGAAUUUUUAUACUUAAAAUGCUGAUGUUCCAAAAAGCGACCGAUUUUUUUUAUUCCUAAUAAACAAAAGAAUUCUUUGAUGCAUUUUGUAUCUUAUAUGCAAAUUAAUGAAACAUUAACUCUCAUUUAUAAAAGGCAAAGUUCAUUCUAGUUAGCACUGUUCAGUACUUUAUUUCAGUUAACAAGUCGUUACGUGGAUGUGAAGAAAUAAUCCGUCACUAAAUUGAUAUGAAGAAAUAUAAUCUGUCCACAUUUGUAAAAAGUAAUAUUUAUUGCCAAAUUGUAUUAUAAAGUUCUAUGCCUUAGCAUUUCCAUUAAUAAGUUACUUGUACAGUAGUUCAAACUUUUUUAAACAUAAAAUACAAUGAACAAAGAGAAUGUUGCAAGGUUUUUUAAGUAGUAUUUUUAUGUGGGCCUUUCUAAUAUUAAAAAGUUGAGUUGAUUUUUCAACAGAAUAUAUGUAUGAUAGCGAACAAAUAAGAUUUAAAAUAGUAUAUUGUAUUCCAAAUUGUUUCUACAUCUUUAGCAAAUGUAUUUUUGAGGCAACAUUUUCUGAGAGAAUGCUGAUUGAUUAAUUUGCCAAAAAAUUGGUUUACAGUGUUAAAAUGAUCAGUGGAUAAAAUUUGAUAAAAUAAUAUAUAAUAUAUAAUCAUCUAUGUGUAAUAUAGACGUUUAUUCUUUAUAUAAUGAUGACUAUAUAAAUUCAGUGGAUUAAGGGUUUUUGAUGCAGCAUCAGUAUGUAUGGCCAGGAAGCAGUCAUACAUCUGUUCCUGGGAAUGACUUGUUUUGAACUGAAUAUUCAUAGGGAAAACUAUGACAACUUAUUUGCAAGUAUUACCAUGGAUACAGUUGCUAUGGUUUUAAAUAAAUGUUACUAUGGUAUUUGAAACACGAUGGAUAGAGUUGCCAACAAAGAUACUGUAUCCAUGGUAGCUCAUAGUAAUGCUAGAUGUUGUGGUGUUAAUGUAUUACAAAGCAGUAUAAUUUGCGUCCAAUAUUCAUUUGUCUUUAGCUUCUUCAGUAUUUUCUGUAUGAAAAAUAGAUUAUGCUACUAUUUAUAUUGUAUUAAGAGGGUUUUGCCACACGUUCAAGUCAAGUAUUUUACUGUCAUGUGUAAAACUAAAUUUCAUAGGACUGGAAAUCCUUUUUCGGCAGAGAGAACUUCCUGCUUAGUUUAAAUUUCGAAACUGCAACAAAUCCGAAAUCCGCUUAGCUCUGUUGUUACCUAGCUAAAACAAGCCAUGUGGAACUUUGACAUAAUCAAAAUUAACUUCAAAAUAUACUGUGUAAAUUAACUUCUAAAUAAUAAAUACUGUCGUGUGUAAAACCAAAUUUCAUAGAAAUCGAAAUCCUUUUUCCGCACAGAGAAUUUCUCUACGGAUUUAAAUUUCGAAACUGCAACAAAUCCGAAAACCGCUUCGCUCUGUUCUUACCUAGCUGAAACAAGCCAUGUGUAGUUUUGACAUAAUCAUAACUUCUGAAUAUCGUAUGUAGGACCAGCAUGAAGACCAGUUAAAUCGGUAGAAAUACGCAUGAAAUAAUGACGUUACCACAUUUUUUGUUUUCUCAUAAAUAUAUUGAACAACGCGUGUGGCAAAAUCAAAAUUUGUUAGUACUGUAUUACUGUAUAUCAGAAUGUUGUUAACACGUGUGCUUGAUGGAAUGUAUUUGUAAUAAAGCUGUACAUUUCUAACUGA